UUUCAGGCAGAAGGGAAUUCAGCUCUGAGGUUGGAGGCCCUUUGCUACGUAGCAGGGAGGCCGUUGGCGUCCAUUGCUUAUUGGAGGCCAUCGCUCUUAGGUUGGAGGCCAUUGCUACUAUAGGUUUGUUGAGCCGUCCUUAGGGCACCAUGAAUCUGCGAACACGACCGGUCGGUGGGGCGACUUCGGCGAUCGGAGGCGUUUUGAAGGUCUGACGGUCUCGGAGCCUGACGCACACGGUGUUGGGAUUCGUCCAUUUCCGGGAAGGGCUCAAGGUUUCUUUAACAAUUUUCCAUUCCGUGCCCGAUUGUUUUCACGAUUCUCCGGUGCAUGGCCGGGCGUCCAGGGCCAAGUGGCCUGGAGAGUGUCAGAAGCUCUUUGCAGCCAGGAGAAGUCGUUGAGAAUGUGCUGAGUGAGGCUUGUGAGCAGCAAGACAUCAGCUGGGAAGACAUUGAGCCGCUGGCAGCGACUGGGGAAGAUGCUCAACCUCAAGAGGUGGAUGACUGGGAAGAUGCCCUGCAGAGCUUGCAGGCUUCGUGGUCCUCCUUCUUAUCAUGGACGCAGUCCCAGCUGGCCACUCCGCUUCCUUCGCUUGAAGGCCAGCCCAGUCGGCUUCGCCAUGAACUCUGGCUCAAGCACAUGAACGCUUUUCUGGAGAAGGAACAGCACGCACAGACGUCCCAAGUGCCUAAAGCGGGCCAACGGUGGAGCUUGGCCCGCUUUCUUCAGCGAGUGUUCCGGCCGAGCCGCAUGGAGGAGCCGUGUUGACCUGAUAGGCCACGGCUCUCCAAUUUGAAUCACAUGGGUUUUCAAUGAUCUUUGCUGUGUGCACGAGCACGUGCACUCAGAUCCUAUAACAACUAUAAUGAUUCUCGUUGAACUUGGGCGAAUUUUUAAAAGAUUCCCAGAGCAAGCCUAAGGAGGUUUGUACUGGUACAAAGCAUUCGCACCAAGAUGCUGCCUGCAUUGGAG